CAAAAAUGUUGUAAUUUUCUUUCGUUUAUAUUGUCUUAAUUAAUUAUAUUAUUAUACUUAUUUGAUUUUAUGAGAUGGGAUGGGACUGAACAAAAAAUUAGUCAAAGUUGUACAGAGCAAAGAACGGAUCAGAAAUCUUGAAAGGAAGCCAUCUAUCAGUCUCACGGACUAUUCCUAAUAAUCUACUACUGCUUCACGUUGAUGAUCUUCUUCUUCUUCUUCUUCCGCUCUCCACUCUGAAAUUUGAAUAUACAAAUCAGAAAAGAAAGCACACAAAGAGACAAAGAAAGAGUGUGGAAUCUUAACUGCAGAAAAUGAGGGUAGCUCGCUUGGCACUUUGCAAGAUUCUCUUCUCACAUUUGUCUCGCAUGCAUCGCCCCUCUGCGUCUCGCCAGAUGAGUAUUGCUGCUGGGCUUAAGAAUUCUAGCAUAUUCCAAAGCCAGGGUCUAAUCGGAGGCAAAUGGAUUGGCGCCUAUAAUGGCAAGACUCUUCAGGUUAACAAUCCUUCAACCGGGGAAGUUAUUGCAGAUGUUCCCUUGAUGGGACGACGAGAGACAAAUGAUGCCAUUUCUUCUGCAUAUGAUGCUUUUCCUUCUUGGAGUAAACUUACUGCUGCUGAGAGGAGCAGAUGUCUUAGAAAGUGGUAUGAUCUUAUAAUGUCACAUAAGGAAGAGCUUGGGCAACUAAUAACGUUAGAGCAAGGAAAACCUUUGAAAGAAGCCCUUGGUGAGGUUAGUUAUGGGGCCAGUUUUAUUGAAUUCUUUGCGGAGGAGGCCAAGCGGGUUUAUGGAGAUAUAAUUCCCGCUACACUAGAUGACCGUCGUUUGUUUGUUCUAAAACAGCCUGUAGGUGUGGUUGGUGCAAUUACACCCUGGAACUUUCCCUUAGCAAUGAUCACUAGAAAGGUUGGCCCUGCCCUUGCUUGUGGCUGUACAGUGGUUGUAAAACCUUCUGAACUUACUCCCCUCACAGCUUUAGCAGCAGCUGAACUUGCCCUUCAAGCAGGAAUUCCACCAGGUGUUCUGAAUGUGGUUAUGGGGAAUGCUCCUGAUAUUGGUGAUGCUUUAGUUACAAGUCCACAGGUAAGAAAGAUCUCGUUUACAGGAUCGACAGCAGUUGGGAAGAAGUUGAUGGCAGGUGUUGCUGGGACUGUUAAAAGGAUAUCGCUUGAACUUGGUGGUAAUGCCCCAUGCAUUGUCUUUGAUGACGCAGACCUGGAUGUGGCUGUUAAAGGAGCGCUUGCAGCGAAAUUUCGUAAUAGUGGACAGACUUGUGUUUGUGCAAACAGGGUAAUUGUGCAAGAAGGUAUUUAUGAGAAGUUUGCAGCGGCAUUUUCAAAAGCUGUCCAGAAUUUGCAAGUCGGUGAUGGCUUCACUGAAGGUGUGGUCCAGGGUCCACUAAUUAAUGAAGCUGCAGUGCAAAAGGUUGAAUCAUUCAUUCAAGAUUCUAUAUCAAAGGGAGCAAAAAUCAUUCUUGGUGGUAAAAGACAUAGCCUUGGAAUGACUUUCUAUGAGCCCACAGUUGUUACUGAUGUCAGAAGUGACAUGCUUUUAGCAAGAGAGGAAGUAUUUGGACCUGUGGCACCUCUUAUGCGGUUCAAAACUGAGGAAGAAGCUAUCCGCAUUGCAAACGACACCAAUGCAGGGUUAGCUGCUUACAUAUUUACAAACAAUGUUCAACGUACAUGGCGUGUCUCAGAAGCUCUCGAAUAUGGGCUUGUUGGUGUUAAUGAAGGACUCAUUUCAACUGAGGUGGCUCCAUUUGGUGGUGUCAAACAGUCUGGUCUUGGACGAGAAGGUUCCAAGUAUGGGAUGGAUGAAUAUCUUGAACUCAAAUACGUGUGCUUGGGAGAUAUGAACAGAAAGUGAAGGGCAAGUUUUAGCUUAAAUGUCUUUGCAGUUUGGUGAAUUUAGGUAAAUUUUGAAGGUAACUUUGAUGCAGAGUGUGCAGUCAGAAGCAUUUACAGAUAAAUUUCUUGCCAUUACUGAGUCUAAAAUAAAUGCGAACAAACCAGUAACCAGAGAUCGUUUGUAGAUGGGUUUCUUUCCAUGGCAGUCUCUAAAUAAAUGCAAACACACUGGUAUCGAACAUGUUUUAUUGGUUGUAGACUCUUUCUUUCCUUUUGAAGUAUCAUUUCAGUGUGUGUGUGGUGGCAUGGGUGCUUCUUUAUUUGAUGGAUGCUUCCAACUGGCUAUAGUUUCUUCAGUUAGUGGUUUACUUAAGCUUUGCUGAUAUGUACUUCUGUUUCUAUAAAAUACCACAAGACAAAAGGAAAUCUAGAGAUGCAUUUGAAUCCAGGACUUUUUACAUGCCACAUUAUGUUUUAAGUCUACACCAGCUGGUUCGAAUAUUUUGUUUUAGCCUUUAAGGUUAAUUAUUUAUUUCGUACUUGAAUCACAAUGAAUUUGUCAAUUUAG